GAAACGGAAGUGACGUCGCGGCGCUGUUUUCAAACUUGAUUUCAAUCCCGGAAAAGAGCGAGCUGUCUAACACCAACGCUUUUUUAGAUGUUAGAGACAAGUCUUUUACAGCUGGAAAGAAUAACGGUGAGGUCUGUUUUAUAACACUCAAAUUAUGACAUCCAAAAAUGCAAAAGACAAUAUUGUCAACAAGCUGGGACUGAAGCUGGGCAGCUCCAGAUCUGACGUGGAGCUCGAUAAACUGCGAAAGGAAAAUGCUCUUCUGAAAAAGACAAUGGAUGACAUGUCUAAACAUAAAGGCAAGAUAACCGAGUCAGAAAAAAGCAAACUUCUAGAGAAGAUUCUUGCACUUGAGACGAUAAAGGAGAAGAAUGCCCAGCAGCUCCUCACCAAAGAAAAAGAAAUUGUUACCCUGAAGCAGCAGCUUAAAUCAGGAGGCAAUGAGAAUGUGUCUGUGCUGCAGGCCCAGCUAGAAGAAAAGAAUAAGGAAGCAGAGAGGAGAGAGAAGCUCUUUCUCUCUCUUGCAGAGGAGACAGAAAACUUGAAGAACAGAUUGGUGGUAGUUUCAACAAAGUGCCAAGAACUUGAAAGGAAAUAUGAGCAAGACCCUGUCUUACAGAAAUCCAAAUCCGACGGACAGGUUGCCCCUGGUGAAAUUGCUGUGCUACAAGAACACCUAAAGGAUGCUCUUGAGAAGAACCAGCAGUGGCUGGUUUACGACCAGCAGCGAGAGGCCUAUGUGAAGGGAAUGCUGGCACACAUCUUUGAGCUUGAAGAGCAAUUAAAAAAAGCCAACCAAGCGCUCCAGGAGCAACACAAAGCAGGCAAUUCAGAAGAAACAAAAUCUGUCACCCAGCAAGAGUACUAUGACAAGCUUUUACUAACAGCCAAAAGAGACCUGGAGGCACAGAAGGAGACCAUAAGCCAACUAAAGGACGAACUGUCUGUGGCAAAAAAGAAGUAUGAGGGCAAGUGUCAAGAAGUGAAACAUCUGGAUCAGCAGCUCCAGUCGGAACGCCUCAACGCCAGGCAAUGUGUAGGAGAGGAGAAGCAGCGCUCAGGAGACAAAGUGGAGCGAUUGAAAGCUGAACUGCAGAGUGUGAAAGAAAGGCUCGAAGAAGAAAGGAAGAGGUCGUCUGAGCUGUCGGCACAGGUUAAUCUGCUUCAGAAAUCCUUAUUAAAACAACAAGAGGAGCAAAAGAGAAUUGCAGUGUUGGAGCAUCAGAUCCAGAUGUCUGCAAAAGACUUUGAAAAUGAAAAACUUGAUCGACAGAGUUUACAGCAACAGCUGCAUAAAGUGUUGAAGGAACUACGCAAAGCAAGAGACCAAAUAACAAGACUGGAGACAACGAAUAAAUUGCACGAGUGUCAUAUUUCUGAGCGUAGUCCUUACAACAAGCAUGAGUUUGAGGAGAGAGCAUCCUUACAGGAUCCGAUCUUCAGUCAUUCAUCCCCUGUGAGACCCUCCACUCUUUUGGAUGAAAGUUUUCUUGAGUGCCCAAGGUGCAGAGCCCAGUAUCCUACUAGCCAGCACCGGGAGUUACUUGCACACAUUGAUUACUGUUCAAAUUAAUCUGUUUCAGUGUAAAAAGUGUUUAACUUGAAUUGUUUGUAGGAAGGUAUUUUUAUACAUUGCUUUCAAAGCAGAAAACUACUGUACUCCAUUUGCACUGCAGAUUAACAUAUAAAGAAAUAUUGCAGAUCUUUAUUUUUUUCCAUUUUGUGUAUUUUUAAACUCUUGAUUUAAAGAUUUAUAGCCCUGCUUUCUGAAAAUAUUUUAAGUCCUUAAGAUAAGUUGCCUCAGGUUCAGCAUAGAAUUUUUCAUGAUCCUUAAAUUUAACUUAUUUUAUGUCAGUAAAGUAAUUAGCAGAAAUCAUAUACUGUGUGUUAUUACAUUUUCAGCUCUUUAAGUAGUGAAGUUUUAUAUAUCAUGGUCGAUUAGCCAGUUUACAGCCAAAGGAACAUUUACAUUCUUCAUAUGUUGUGCUUCUCCUUAGAGUCAUUCUAAAGCACUCCUGUUUGUCUAAGUCUUGUAAUAAGGUGCAUUUCUAACUGACAAAAUAGUCCUGUACUUUGUAGCUCAAAUUAGACUUGCGUAAGUAAUUCCUUGUAUUAUACUAUUUUAAGUGGUGGAUUACAGUAGUUAGUUAGGGGUAGAGGGGUUAAGGAUAACAGUUCAGACAAGGCUCUUAAGAAUGUGACUACUGGAGUAUAACUGCCAGGUAACUGCAUUAGAAAAAGCUUUUAAUAUGGUUUAGACAAACCUUACAUCAGCUCUGACAUAAAAUUAAAAUACAACAUUUUCUUCCAUAAAAUCUAGGAUAACUUAAAAUGUUAAUGCUUGGGUGGUUUUUGGAAAGUGAAGCCAUUUUCAAAAUUAUGAAUUAUUUUUGAACCACCUCUAUUUUGGUAAAUCUCAUGUUUGCCCAAGGAGCCCUGUUGUCUUUAUAAUUAGUUUAAAAAAUGGAGGGAAAAGUAAUGGAUACAUACUCUGCCUUUUGUUACCAAGUGUUUGUAAUAAAAGAAUGUAAAACUAU